AUGGAUAAUGAAGGUGUCUGGUCUAAUGGCAAUAAUCGUGGAGUGACAGUUCACCGGCUGUGGCAGGGUAAAAUUGAGUCAGUCAUUUCUGAGUAUGGAUCUAAAGAUGAGCCUGAAGACAUACCCAAGUGGAUGAUUGUGAAUGCCUUGCAGAAAACAUUACACUGUUGUGGCCAGCAUAAUUAUACUGACUGGCUAAAAAAUAAGAACAAAGAAAAUUCAGAACAGGUGCCUUGUUCCUGCAAAAAUUCUACAUUAAGAAAAUGGUUCUGUGAUGUGCCCCUAAAUGCAACUUACCUAGGAGGCUGUGAAAACAAAAUCAGCACAUGGAAGGAUGCUAAUACUUUAACAUUAAUUGUAAUUAGCUUUGGACUUCUGGCUUCAGAGGUUUUUCAGGUCUUAUUCAUUGUCUUUUUCUACAGACACAUCAAGAAUAAGAUAUAUGCAGAAAUGUGA